UACACAUUUCAACAAAAUCUCCCUUAGUUUCUGCAGCAAGUAGCAACAAAAUUAUUAGAAAUGCCUAAAAAAAAUCCACCAAAUCCGUUCCUCAUGUUCAUGCUCGAAAUUAGAAAUCGAGAAGAAGCGAAAGGUCGAAAAUUUCGCGGAAUGGAAGAAGUUAAAGACUAUGCUGGCAAACAAUGGGAGAAAAUGGAUACCAAGCAGCGUGCACCUUACGUGGAACAAGCAAAGGUUGCGAAAUUGCAGGCUCGAGCAUGUGAGGACAAGUUAACCGGCGUUGGCACACCUUAUUCAACGGUGGCACAAGAAAAACACUUCCUUGAGGAGAAAGGCAAACUUAUCCGCGAUAGCAUGGCCUCAAUGGUUGAAAACGCCGCUAAGAACAACUCGCUGGACACGCUGGAACUGGUUUUCGUUUCCAUGGGAUACUUUUGUGAGGUGUCUGAGGGAACGUUUGUUCCCGCCGAGUUAGCUGCCAUCCGCUACUGUUUGAAAGAGGGUGUUAUGGAUAGGUUCCAUACGCUCAUCAACCCUGGCAGUCUCCCGCUAGGGUAUGCGUAUGCGGCGCAAGCACACUCAGAAAUGCACCACAAGCUUCCGAUUCCGCCGAAUGCCCUCGGCGAGCAGAAUUACGAGACGAUUGCAAACAAGUUCCGAGAAUUUAUGGGCAAAAAUGCAGGAGAAAUGCCGCUAGUGUUCACCAAUUCGGAUGACCUGGCGAAGGUAGAACAAAUGCUAUCGAAAAUUGUGGAUGACGAUCCUGAAAACCCGGAAGUGCUCGUCUGUUCGUUGAAGGAGUUGUUCUACCUCCUGAAGAAGCAGUCUGUAAAAAUGCUGAAUGAAGCAAAUCGACCCAUUCCUACGAUGCACGCGUUACAGAUUUUAAUCAUGAAGGAUGUGUAUGAUUAUACACCCAAAAUCAGCUGCGAUUUCCACGAGGGAAUUGGAGAUGGGAAAUAUUGUGCCCUUUCCCAAUGCAUCCGCUGGGCGUUCGUUAUCUCCGAUAGUUGCUGCACGGAUCUGCGCAUACCGAUGGAGCCUGGAAAGCAUCUGCCAGAGAAUGCCGACACCGAGCACGCUGAUGCUACCCUGUCCAUAGCAAUGAACAACCUUUCAUUUGCUACGCCGGUCAGCGAUGCAUUUGACCACAAUAUGAGUCGUAUUACGUGUGUGAGUGCAAGCGCAAGUGUCAGCGACGUUCCGAAAAGUAACCCGUGGGAGACAACGAAAGGUUCUGAUCUGGCUUCUGCUGAUCGACCGGUAGCAAGUAGUUGCGGUCGAGGGACUAGGCGUCUGAUGAACGCUAAUCCCUGCGCGACUACUUCUAAACCGGUGAGUGCGGGUCGUGGCAAAGGCAUAUGGAUGAUUGAUACAUUCCCCCCGCUCGGUUCUAGCAAGAGACCGUCUAAAUGAGGUCGAUUGUUUCUAGCCAUUUCUUUAUUUUUUUCUUUUUUUAUCAAAUGUCUCUUUUUUGAACGAACACUUUCUUUAUUUGCAAAUGACUUACUUAAUCUUCUUAUGAACUAUUAACACUGUUGAACAAGAAUGAACUAGUCUCUGACGACACGCCAAUUUCAGAAUCUGGAUUAAAGAUCGAUCUCGAUAACGAACCAACUGAAAUCGUUCUUUCGAUUUUGACGACGAAGGACGACGUGAUGAUUAGAUAAAUUUUUAUGCAUUGUUGUUUAUUAUCGAUAUAUAUAUAUAUCCCAGGCCGUUACGAUUGCGUAUCAACAUAAUGUACAAAACAGAAAAAAAAAACAAAAAAUAAUAAAAUGGUGGAAUGAAUAUUAUUAACACAAAUCAUACUGUUCACCGUUAACUUCUUUUAUACAUGUGUUUUUUUUUUAUCCCUAGCAGUAG